AUGGACCUCACGCCUGAACGACAUGCUACUUCGCAACAUUUCAACUUCGCCUUGCCUUCCGAUGAGAACAGCAGCCCGCUCAGAAGUCCAAGGAGAAGCACGCGGAUGAAGAAGAACCCAUCCGUCACGCCUAAUCGCUUCAACAAGUUCUUCACUCCCAGACCUCGCAAUGCACAACGACUUUUGAAAUCGUCUAGAAGAGUCUUACAAGAUCUUUCCGCAGCCAGGCUCAACACUCGAGCUGAGAGUGCUCCUCAUCUGAAUCUACCCAUCCCCGGCGAGGGUAGCCGUCCGAACAAGAAGCGGAAGCUUUCCUUUACGUCCAUCGCAUCCAUUCCUUCUUCGCCAAUCAAGACAUAUCAUGAAAAAUCGCAUGAGCCCCAAGCUCGAGUGGAAGAUGAAGUCGCUGGGAAUGAGGAAACAUACGAAACCGAUGAGGCCAUUGAUACGACGGACGAAGAGGACGAGGAUGAAAUACUCCCGCCGAUCACUUCUCGCCCUCGACUGCUACCCUACAGAUCUACAGGUUCUUCUGCUGCCUUUCUAUCGAGACAACUAGGUGCCAGAGGGCGCAUCACAGAGACUAACGACAGCUCGUUGUGGCAGCAUGAAACGGCCCAUUUUUACAGCACUCCAGAAGACUCACGCUAUUACCACAAUUCCAUUCAACGCUUCUCGUCUCUACCAUUCUGCGUGACGAGCUUCAAGCAGAGUCCUCUGGUUGCGGUAGGAGAUGAAGACGGACAUGUACGUGUACAUCAGACUUUUGAUAACAACAAUUGCUAUAAGUAUGCCGAGAUCUUGAAAUCCUGGCGGCCUCAUGAUAACGCUGUGAUGGACUUGGAAAUCUCGGACGAUGACAAGCUCCUUGCCACCGCUUCUGGAGACCAGAUGUCUCACAUCUAUGACAUCGAAAGAGGCAUCUCGAUUUUCUUCUUUCGGGCUCAUACUGGCUCCGUGAAGAGAAUACAGUUUCAGCCAGGAUCGGGGAAUUCAGUGCUUGCAACAUGUUCAAGAGACGGUAAUGUUUUCCUCUGGGAUCUUAGAUCUCCUCAGGCCCCCAACUCUGUCCUAGGGCAGAAUUUCAACAACCUGGAUGAUGUUUGGGACACUACCAUUCAAAUGGAGCCUGUGAAUGAGAUAUACGAUGCGCAUACCUCACUGGACAAAUUGAAUCGAGCAAAGGGAAGACGGCAGCGGGCCCUUCCAAGUAGAUACGACUACGCCAUAACCACAUGCACCUUUAUUGGACAAAGUCGGCCACAUCUACUUGCAACAGCUUCGGAGAACGACGCUAUUAUCAAGCUGUGGGAUGCCCGAGUAUCAUAUGCGGAUCACUCUGGCAGACCGACGCCCGUAUCUGCAACAUUGGAACCAGACAGUCAUCAUAAUUAUCGUCAGUUUGGUGUGACUUCCAUGGGUAUGAACACUGAUGGUUCAAGACUAUAUGCCGCCUGUCGUGAUCAUACUGUUUAUGCCUACUCCACUGCGCAUCUGGUACUUGGUGGUUCACCCGACAUGUCAGCAUCAUCAACCAAACCUUCAAAAUACACUCGAACGCCGAAGCAGGGACUUGGCCCGUUGUAUGGGUUCCGUCAUCCAUCUCUUAGUAUAGCCUCCUUUUACGACAAGCUAGCUGUCAGGCCAAGCUCCCACAACAGCGACUCGUUUGGUGACACAGCCGAGAUGAUUGCUAUUGGGAGUGGACAAGAGUGUGCAGUCAUCUUCCCCACGAAUGAGCGAUACUUGACCAAAUCCGCCAUGCGGCCUCCUAUUUCCCUGGAGACAGCGGGCUCUCGAACAUCCACGAGAGCUUCCAAGGGGAUGCGAGUAUACCAUGAUGCAGCCGAUGGUCUUCCGAUCUACCAGAACGGUACUGCUCUGGUGAAUGGUCACAAAAAGGAGGUCACAGCCGUCGCCUGGACCACAAAUGGCAACCUGGUCACCGUCGCGGACGAUCACACAAGUAGAUGCUGGCGACAGGAUCCUGAGAAGGCACGAUCUCUACGGUUAAAUACAGACCGAGAGGCAGUACGACACAACAGUGGCUGGGCGCAAGUGGAUCCCGAGUUUGAUCGUGAUGAUGAUUAUUGA